AGAUGUUCCUGGCAUCAACACAUCAUGGUAGAUAUAACAGAGAAGGAGAUGGAUAACCCCACGUUUAAAAGUGACACUGUACUUUCUGACGUGCACUUACACUGUCCAAACAAAAGACGUCUCAUGGUACGAUUAAAUGCAGUUGGACAACCAGUAUUUCUGUCAUAUUUCACACUCCUUUGGAACACAGAAGAUUUGGCAUCUGAGAAACACAAGAGAGAAGCUACAACAGAAAGAGAAUACCAGUACAGAAGUGGAGAUGAGCUGUGUGAUGAGGACAGAAAUAAUCUAAAAGAAAGAGAAUUAAAUAGUGAAGUAGAAGCUCUGCUAGAUGAUGAUGGAGACUUGGAAGUGGUCAGAAGACCUCGAAGUGCCUCUGAUUUAGAAGCAGAAGAUCUUUUGAGGGAUAGAGUGUGUCCUGUAAUUCUAAUGAAAGGGGAAGAAGAUGCUUUUGAAGACAAACAAAAAUGCACUUGCAGUGAUGCUGUUAAAAUAGAACAUACUAUGGCAACACCCUUAGAAGAUGUUGGUAAACAAGUCUGGCGUGCAGCCUUUCUUCUUGCUGAUUACAUUGUGUUUAAACGAGAUGCAUUCAGGUGUUGCUCAGUGCUAGAGCUUGGAGGUGGCACUGGAAUCACAAGCAUUAUCAUGGGAACAGUUGCCAAAAGAGUUUAUUGCACAGAUGUUGGUGAAGAUCUUCUGGCCAUGUGUGAGCAAAACGUUGCAUUGAACAAACACCUGAUGGAGCUGGGAAGAGGGGAAGUCAAAGUAAAAGAGCUGGACUGGCUGAAAGAUGAAUUCUGCACUGAUCCUGAAGCUCCUUAUAACUGGUCUGAAGAAGAGAUUGCUGAUUUGCAUGACCACUGUACUGUGAUAAUGGCAGCUGAUGUGUUCUAUGAUGAUGACCUGACAGAUGCCUUGUUCAGAACGCUGUAUAGAAUCACGCACAACUUGAGAAAUUCUUGCACAGUUUACCUAGCAUUAGAAAAGAGGCUGAACUUCACUUUAAGACAUAUGGAUGUUACGUGUGAAGCCUACAGUCAUUUUAGAAGUGCUCUAAAUGAUUUGGAGAACCUCCAAGACAGCAAAAUUAAAUACACUGCAGAGCCCAUUAAGGUUGAUUUCUGCCAAGCUCUUAUUUAUGAACGAAUUGAGCAGUUGGAAUUGUGGAAGAUCACUGCUGAACAGCUAACAUGA